GCCGUCCCAGCCUCCGGGCUUCCGGUCCCGUUUCCAGGUUCGCUCGGCUACGGUCGCUAUGGAGGAACCGGAGAUGCAGCUCAAGGGGAAGAAAGUCACGGACAAGUUCACUGAGAGUGUCUACGUCCUGGCCAACGAGCCGUCUGUGGCCCUGUACCGGCUGCAGGAGCAUGUACGUCGCUCCCUCCCUGAGCUGGCCCAGCACAAGCGCCGUGAAGAACCUGGUGGACAGCAGCGUCUACUUCCGCAGUGUGGAGGGUCUGCUCAAACAGGCCAUCAGCAUCCGGGACCAUAUGAAUGCCAGUGCCCAGGGCCACAGCCCGGAGGAACCACCGCCGCCCUCCUCAGCCUGAUCCUGGAAGAGACUCGGGGCCCCCCAGCCUCCGCCAACCCAGGCCAUAGGCCCUAAAUCCCAGAGAUUUCCACCCCCCAAGACAGAGAAGGAGCCCACAUUUCCUCUAUCCUACCACAUGCCAGCAGCCUGCUUUACCCGUACACAGUCUCUCAGGCAGCCCAGCAUGGGCAAUUACCCACCUAUCUCUGGGACCUCCCCACCAAUCUACUGCCUACCUGCUGUGUGACUGAGAAAAUUCACUACCCUCUCUGGUCUCUGUGUUUACUUUCUGUAAAGGUGGCUCAUCAGGUGACCGAGAGAGUGCAGGGCACAGUGACGGAUGUGCUUUGGAGCAGUCAGCUAUUGCUGCAUAACACAUCAUCCCAAAACUUAGUGGUUUACAGCCCCAGUAAUUAACCUACUCAUGAUUCUGCACUUUGGGCUGGGCUCAGCUGGGUGGUUCUGCUGCUCUCCCUGGGGCUCACCCAUGUGGUGCUCAUGGGAGCUCAGCUGCAGCUGCAUAGUCAGGGGGGCCCUUGGCCAGGACUGUUGGCAGCAGGGGUCAGGUUUUCCUCGUGGCCUCUCCAGCAGGCCAGCCUGGGUUUCUCCUGGUGGCUGGGAGCCAGGAGAGCAGCUCCCAUGCAGAGUGCCGGUUUCACAUUUGUGGGUGGCCCAUCCGUUGAGGCCAGUCACAUGGCCAGGCCCAGGACCAGAUGGGAGAGGACCACACAAGUGCAGCGUGAGCUGUGGGAGGUGUGGCUGACCACGCUUAGAGAGUAUGGUGCCAGGAAAGAUCUGAUGUGUCACCAUUCUGUAUUCGUGAUGGGCAGACACAGGCAGGUCAAAGGGGCCCCGGGGACUUACCGAGCCCCUGCCUAUUGGCCAGGCACUGUGAUUGUCCUCGGUGCUAUGGAAGCCCUCUCAGAGGUCAAGGGGAGGCAGGUGGAGACAGAGCCUCUGUAGGCCUUUCAAGCUGUAGCCUCAGAGCCCAGAGGCAGCCGAAUUCAUGUGUCCAGUCAGAGAGCACUUAGUGGGCACUGCAGUCAAUCAGAGAACGCUUAUUGGACACCACAGGCAGCAAGCAUUUAUUGAGUACCUCUGGCAGUUGAUGCACACUUCCUGAGCACCUGUUCAUAGCAGGCUUAGCUCUGGAUGUGGGUUGGUGAGGAAUCCCACAGGCUGAGGGGUGGCCUGGGAGCUUUCUGGGGGGUCUGAAGCAGGAGGGGCUGCCUGAGUGGGUCAGCAGCCCAGCCCAGUGCCCUACGCAGCCCUGCCCACACCCCCAACCCAGCCUCUGUCUCCCCAGUCCCAUCCCCCACACCCUGGUCCUUCCUACUUUGUGCCUCGAGGACACUGCCCCGCUGCCCUCCUCACUCCCCAGCAUCUGCUGUCCCCUCCGCUGCUGCUCCCCGGCAGGAUUGCUGUCUCAUCCACAUUUGUCCCUGCGGAGUCCCUCGCCUCUGCCCAGAACCUCCAGCCUCAUGCUGCAUCUCAGAGCCUUUUUUUUUCUCUUUUUUUUUUUUUUUGAGAUGGAGUCUCACUCUGUCACCCAGGCUGGAGUGCGGUGACGCGAUCUUGGCUCACUGUAACUUCUGUCUGUCAGGUUCAGGCGAUUAUCCUGCUUCAGCCUCCCAAGUAGGUGGGACGACAGGUGCCUGCCACCUCGCCUGGCUAAUUUUUGUAUU